UAUUAUUCCCUCCUCCACCACUACCACCUUCCUACAAACACGACAAAAGCAAAAGAAAAAAAAAUAAAGCGAGACCGAAAGAGAGGGAGAGAGAGAGAGCGAGCGAGAGAGACAUGGAUCUUGAUUGGGUAUCAGCUUUUUUCAAGAACAACGAAUGGCUGAUCGUGUAUCUCAAAGGCAUGUUGAAGCCCGCGGCGGCCCUCGCGGUGGUGCUUCUAGCCGUAGCGCUCUCCUACUCUCAGAACCUCUCUCUGGAAGGUGAAAUGAUAUACUCUGUUUUCAGAUCGUUUCUUCAGCUCUCUGUUAUCGGAUUCAUUCUUCAGUUCAUCUUUAACCAAGAAAACGCCGGCUGGAUCAUCCUCGCUUACCUCUUCAUGGUCUCUGUCGCCGGUUACACCGCCGGUCAACGUGCCAAGCACGUGCCGCGUGGAAAGUACGUGGCCGGAGUAUCUAUCCUCUCCGGAACUUCUAUCACAAUGUUCCUCCUCAUCGUCCUCAACGUCUUUCCUUUCACUCCUAGGUAUAUCAUCCCCGUGGCCGGGAUGAUGGUCGGAAACGCCAUGACGGUCACCGGAGUCACCAUGAAACAGCUACGAGAUGACAUCAAGAUGCAACUAAGCCUGGUUGAGACGGCAUUGGCACUAGGAGCGACGCCAAGACAAGCGACGUUGCAACAAGUGAAGAGAGCUCUGGUGAUAUCUCUAUCUCCGGUUUUGGAUAGCUGCAAAACGGUUGGAUUGAUUUCUUUGCCAGGAGCCAUGACCGGUAUGAUAAUGGGCGGUGCGUCGCCUCUUGAAGCUAUUCAGCUACAGAUAGUUGUGAUGAACAUGCUGGUUGGAGCAGCAACCGUUAGUAGCAUCAUGUGUACAUAUCUUUGUUGGCCAUCUUUCUUCACUAAAGCUUACCAGUUACAAACUCAGGUCUUCUCAAGUUGAAGUUUUAAUUUUCCAUAUACUUUCCCAACCUUUGGAAAAAUUCUUAAAUUGAAAAACCAACAAUCAAGUCUUUAGAUCAUAUUAUCUGUGUUUCAUAAAUAGUGUUUUUCAACAUUGUUUAUUAUUGUACAAUGUCACUUUAUAAUUCCUAAAACUUAUAUUAUUUGUAUUUUAAUAUUAA